AAAGAGCAGCCCCUGGCAGAGGCGGUGAUGCUGGGGUGCUCUCUUUGGGGCUCUGCACCCCCCACACCAACUGGGGAGAAGAGAGGAGCCGGGUGGCUUGAACCGCUGCUGCUGCUGCUGGUGGUGGUCCUCUCUGGUUGGGUUUUGGCUCAGCAGACGGCUGAUUGCCCGGGAACUUGCGACUGCUCCGAGGCAGCCAGGACAGUGAAGUGCAUCAACAGGAACCUGACGGAGGUGCCGGUGGGCCUGCCCCGCUAUGUGCGGAACCUCUUCCUCAUGGGCAACCACAUCCAGAACGUCUCGUCUGCCUCGUUCCCCCCGGAGACCCUUCUAGAACUCAGCAGCCUCAACCUGAGCGGUAAUCGCCUGCAGUGGGUGGAGGCUGGGACCUUUGCCGGGCUGCCCAGCUUGAAGCAGCUGGACCUCAGCGACAACGCCCUCCUCGAGCUCAGCCCCAUGGCCCUGGGCAACACCAGCAGCCCCCUAGAGGAGCUGAACCUGCGCAACUCCCUCUAUAACAACAGCUAUGUGACCGCCGUGGCCCAGCUGCUUCAGCAAGAGGCCUUCCUCAACUUGAAGCGCCUGGACCUGUCCGAAAACACCCUGCUCUACCUGCCCCAGGGCAUGUUCGCUGCGCUACACAGCCUGCAGCACCUGGACCUGCACAACAACUCCCUGGUGAGUCUGCACGGCGUGACGCUCGAGAACCUCCGUCAGCUCCAGAGCGUCAACCUCAGCGGCAAUGCCCUCAAGCGCCUGAGGAACAGCACCCUCCUGCAGCUCCGAGGCCUUCCUCAACUCACCAGCCUCAACCUCACCCACAAUGCCUGGGUCUGCGACUGCGGCAUCGAGGACAUGGUCAGCUGGCUCAAGGAGAGUGACCUGGUGGAGGCCAAGUCAUCCCUCAAGUGCUCUUACCCCAAAGGGAUGGAGAACAGGUCCUUGGUGGCCAUUGAUUUUUCAGAGCUGAGCUGCCCAGAGCCGACCGAUAACCAGACUCAGCUGCAGACCUCUUAUGUCUUCCUUGGGAUAGUCUUGGCCCUCAUCGGUGCCAUUUUCCUCCUGGUUUUGUACUUGAACCGCAAAGGGAUCAAAAAGUGGAUGUACAAUAUCAGGGACGCCUGUAGAGACCACAUGGAGGGCUAUCACUACAGGUAUGAGAUCAACGCAGAUCCCCGGCUAACCAACCUCAGCUCCAAUUCUGAUGUCUGAAGAUGCGUGGCAGGGAAGCAAGGCCAAGGGGCGCAAUAGCUAUGCAUGGAAUGUAGACUUUAGCUUUACUCCCCUGAAAUGUGUGUGCUUUCUGCUCCCGGCAUACACCCUUCGAGGCAUCGCAGACUUGACAUGCACCAUCCAGAGAAUUAUGCCUACCUGUACAAGUUGCCAUUAUUAUUAUCCACAGUCGAUUGUGCAUGAUAUCAGGCUGUAUGUACGAAAACAUGCUGCUGCUGCUGCUACCGCCUCCCUGCCUGUUUGCUUUGCAACUUGCUACCAGCCUUUGCUUGGAAACAUCUCUCUCUCUCUCUCUCUCUUGGCACCUAAAAAAGAAAAGGACAUUUUCACUCCCCCCACCUCCACCUUCUCCCACUCUGAUGUUCUUAAACCACGAGGGCUUAUUAAAAAGUACGAUUCAACAAAGGCUGCCUCAACUUCUUUUGGGAGAAAUGUUUGAUCCAUCAGUACCCAUGUUGCUUUUAUGCAUCCUGAACGGUGAAGAAUCCUUGUAGUGCACAUUUAGAACAUGCCUUUUUAAAAAGGGGAAAGGAAAGUUCUUUGUAUAAAGAAGCACAUAAAAUAGUGAGCAUGCAAAUAGUUGACAAAUUUACAUGGCAGGCGGGGAGAAACUGAAAACCUCAGUACAAGUGUUUGCAAUUUACAUGAAAACAGGAUUUUUUUAAAAAAAGGGGGGACCCUAUAAACUGCAUGUGAACUGAGUUUGAACUUUUAAAUAAUUCAAUAAAUGCUCUUACAGGAACUUUUGUUUUGCUGAAGUUUGCUGUUUUUAAUGCUCUGAUCUGGAAAUGAAGCACAGUAUGGAAUGGACACAGUUUCUUCAGUGGGGAAAAAAUUAUUUCCCCAUUACAAAACAUGGUGGAGCUUUCAAAUGUUAAGAUAUUUGCUUGAAUUCAUUUUUUCCCCCCAUUGCUGUCAUUUACCUUUCAGAGAGACUAGGAAUGUACAAAGCUAUACUGAUUUGCACUUCUUUAUUUUAAACUGCAUGCAAACAACCGUCUCUUUCAAUAAGCAAUGUUGAUUUUCAUAUCCUGUUCCUAGAAUGUGGCAGCUGUUCAACUGCCAUAGCUCUGUUGGUGAGGGCUCAUUAAGUUGCCGCUACAAUUCUGAAUCUGAUCCUUAGGACAGUCAUUGAAAUUGGUGGGAAUUGCUGCUGAACCAUGCACUCCUGCAGUCUAAUCCUGGGUAUAUUUGCUCAGAAGUAAGUUCCAGUGGGUGGGUUGUUUAAUCAUGUAUUAAUUUCAUUUGUGAAUUGCUUUUCCCAAAGUAUUCCAAAGUGAUGCAACUAUUAAAAACACCUGCAAUUAAAAACAUAUAUAGGCUGGUAGGGUUUACUCUCAGGUACUUGUCCAUAAUCUUACAAGUUCUGUGGAUUUCAGCGGGAGGGAAAUUCAUGCAUUUGCUUAGCCCAUUCUUUUUGAAAUGAAUUGGACUGAAAGGGGCUUAUUCUUGGGUAAAGUGUUUAAAGCUUUGAGCGAUAGGCUGCUGUGAUAACUACACGUACAGACAGAUUCUACGCAUGUUUACUUGGAAGUAAGUUCUAAGUUCUACUAAGUACACUGGCUUACUCCUAAGUAAACAGGGUUGGAGCCUGGCUAGAAAAUAAAUAUUGUUGUGUCUUAGUUCUCACAAACAGCAAACAAGCCGGUGGUGAAUGUGCACAAACACAUCAGUGCUGCUUGAUUCAGUCCCCUCAUACAGAAAACUGGCAUAUUGGCGCUGUGGGGUGUGUAAGUGUGGAGCAGCCUUUUCCCAAAAAUGCCUGGUUUUUUAUGCUAGGGGUAUGGAGGAGUAUGCAAUGCUGUGAGCCCACCGCUAGCGUUUCUCAAGUGGUGCAGUUGAGAACCCCAUUUGCCACCUCUGCGCAUUUGUGAGAACAAGAAGGAAGUUUCUAAUUAAUGCAUUUAGCUUUUGCGGCUGGGCAGUCGCUUGUAAUCUCAGUGUUGAUCCAAAGGCAGUAUUGAAGAAGCCAAGUCUGUAAAUACAGAGACAGGUAUGUGGGGCAAAUUUCAAAUCUACCUGUGACAUGUAUUGCAUCGCUCUCUUUUUUACAUUGUUACAUGAUUUGCGUCACACACGUUUAUAAGCAGAAAUCGCAUUUACUUUGGAUGCUGCAGAUGUUGCAGGGUUGCAGGAAACAAAAGUGAAUAUGUUGCUCUUUCUGGCCAGUAACUUAAGUAGCAGCAAAAGGAAACUGCGCAGAAUGUUGAUGCCGCUCUCUAAACUGGCUCUUAACAGAAUUCUCAUAAACUAAUUUUAAGUGAAGCUAUUUUAUCAGGUCUUGGUAAUCCACGUAGUAAGUUCUAUGCUUAGUUUUGCUUGUGAAAUCUAAUUACUUCAGCUAGGUCUGAUAAAAUACUGUAACAACUUAGCAAAGCAAUAUUGUGCAUGUUUACUUGGAAACAGAUCCCAGUGUGUUAAUGGCUCUCAUUCCUAUGUAGGUGAGCAUAGGGACUGAAGCCUAGUUAUCAUCGUUCAGCAUCCUGCAGAACUUAAUUUUACAGUUUUCCUCAGUUCUGGUGUUUUUAAAGUGUCCCUACCUAAUUUUAGGUAAAGCUAAGUCUCUUCAAGCUUUUUUUCCCCACUUGCCUAUUUAAAAGUCAACCCCCUAUUUUAAGACUCAGGGGUAAAUAGAAACUAUACUACAAUUUGCUUGUUAGCUUUUAAAGACAUAAUUCCUCUAACUGUAAUCACGUUCUGCUAAAUGUAACUUAAAGAUUACAAGUGCAUGAGAAGAGCAAUUGAAUUUUUGAAUACAGGAGGUACCAAUUUUAAAAUAAUUUUAAUAAUGGUGUAUUUGUUGGGCCAGUUUGAAACACUAUGGUAUUUUCACAGACACUUCUAUGUUUCUAAGAACAGGGCUUUGCUAUGCUUCCUGAGACAGUCCUGGGCUAUUUUCAGAAACUGUUACGGAGAACACUUGGCACUACUGGGUUUCCGUUCCACUUCUCUCUCAAGCAAUACUGUCAUGUAAAUUUUAGAUUGUUCUAUGUAAAGCAUGUACCAGCCAAACAAAUGCAUAUGUGAACAGAUGUUGAAAAUAAAUACAGUGAAACAUGA